UUCUUUUUCUUGCAGGUUGGUGGGAAAACAGAAAGGUGUGGGAGCUUUUCUUUCGAUUAGCUUGUAGAUAACCAAGGAUAAAGCAAACUUGUUUUGAGCUGGUUCUUUUGUUGAUAUUGACAUUUAGGUAGUUAUCAGAUCUUUAUACUUGAGCAGUCAUGGAGGCAAAUGAUUCAUUGAGGAAACAACAAGAGGAAUAUACUGCAUUCGAAGAGAAGGUAAAGAGGACAGUGUAUCUGGACAAUCUUUCACCACUGGUAAGCAUACCAAUCCUCAGGAAUGGACUUGGACAAUUUGGUGAGGUAUUAAAUGUGAAAAUCUUACCAAAUUAUUUGGAGGCAAACAAUGUUGCCGUGAGUGCUUUAGUUGAAAUGCAAAAUGAACGUGAGGCUGCAAACACAGUGACAGAAAUUACAGAAAAUGUAUUCAUGAUUGCUGGCAUGCCAAGACCAGUGAGAGCGAUGAAAGCAAAAAUUGAAAUGUUUCCUGACCGUCCAACACUCCCUAGAAGAAGAAUUCAGUGCUGUUGGAUCAAUUCCAAUGACCCCAAUUGGAAUAUUGUCUUAACACGGAAGCAUUUUGCCAUGAAACAUUCCCUAGAAGCUGCACAAUUAUUGAAGCAUCAAAGAGAAGAAGAAGAAAAGCUAGGAGCACAACAGGAAGCCACCCUAACAAGUAAAUAUAAAACAUAUGAAUCAAUUCAAGGCUUAAUUAAUGAUGGGUUUCUAGGUCGUUUAUAUAGACGCUAUAAACUUCAUAAGAUAUAGUUGUUGGUAUAAUCUUUCUUCAGUUCAUAAAUUGUAAUCCUAUCACUUAUGAUAAUCCCUCUGAAUGAUUCUGAAACGUUGA